AUGGAGGACAGCAGCAAGAUCAGACCAUACAUCUCGCAUUUGAAUGCACAACUGGCCAAACUGGGGCCAGAAAUCACCAAAUUCACGGAAAAAUCGCUGGAAGAACAGCUUCUGCUGCUAAAAGAUGAAAGGUCGAAACUCGAUUUGUCGAACCGGUACGCCUAUGUUCUCUCUUCCUUGCUCUUUGCGUACAUGAAACUGCAUAAUGUCAAGGAUCUGGGCCCUGUGAAACAAGAGUUGGCGCGAGUCAAACGGUACAUGGACUUGGCUCGCCAGUUGGACGACAAAGAAGAAAAACAAGCGAAAAACGAGCAGGAGAGUAAAGAACGCGCUAAGCAGGUGAUACACUCUGCUCUCGAUGGCCGGACUGCAAGCCCUGCCAUCAGCAAAGUUAAUUUUCAAGGAAAACACACCAAAUUCACGGAAGAUGCCACAACAGGCUCAAAAGACGAAGCUGAGACUGAGACUGAAAAUGGGAUUAAAACUAAAACGGCCAAGAGCACGAUACCGAGCAAAUCAAGAUCAGCAGGAAAGGUAUCCAAAAAAAGCAAACGCUGA